GUUGGUCAACAGUUGCUGAAGGGACAAGUGAUAAGGAUUGUCUGUGCAACAGUUGGAAUCUGCUUUUUGAAACUUUAAGUGGCAAAAAUUUGUCUAAAAUAUUUUAAUUGCAGAGAUUAUAUUAAACUGAUCAUUUUAGUGAUACAUUUGUAGGCUUCUUGAAACCAGUCACUAGGACAGGCAAUUUUUAAAACAAAACUGUGGAUUUGCAGUUCAUCAUGAUUUUCUCUUUUACAGAGAUUGCUCAGAAUAUUGUCAUCACAGAUCUAAUCCAGUGCACAAAUGAGAUGAAUGUGAAUAUUCCACAGCUGGCAGACACACUUUUUGAGAGGACUGCGAACAGCAGUUGGGUCGUAGUGUUUAAAGCUCUAAUUACAACACACCACCUCAUGAUGUAUGGAAAUGAGCGUUUUAUCCAGUAUCUUGCAUCCCGAAAUACGUUGUUCAAUCUAAACAACUACCUGGACAAAAGUGCCAUGCAGGGCUAUGAUAUGUCUACCUUCAUUAGGCGAUACAGCAAAUACUUGAAUGAAAAAGCACUUUCUUACAGACUUGUAGCAGUUGAUUUCACCAAAAUGAAAAGAGGGAUAGAUGGAGUGAUGAGAACUAUGAAUACUGAAAAGCUUCUGAAAACCCUUCCGAUUAUUCAGAACCAGCUUGAUGUGCUCCUUGAUUUUGAUGCAAAUCCAAAUGAAUUAACCAAUGGCGUAAUAAAUGCUGCCUUCAUGCUUCUCUUCAAAGAUUCCAUUAGGCUUUUUGCAGCCUAUAAUGAGGGGAUUAUUAACCUAUUAGAAAAGUAUUUUGAUAUGAAGAAGAAUCAAUGCAAAGAAGGUUUGGAUAUUUACAAAAAGUUUCUAGCCAGAAUGACCAAAUUGUCAGAAUUCCUCAAAGUAGCAGAGCAAGUUGGAAUUGAUCAGGGUGACAUUCCAGAUCUUACUCAGGCACCCAGCAGCUUGCUUGAAGCAUUGGAACAGCAUUUGGCUUCUCUAGAGGGGAAAAAAACUAAAGAAGUCUCAGCUGCCAGCAGAGCAAGCACCCUCUCCAGUGCUGUUUCUACACUUGCCAACACAGGAAUGUCAUUUAGCAAAAUGGAUGAGAGAGAGAAACAGCAAGCUUUGGAGGAAGAGCAAGCUAGACUGCAAGCACUUAAGGAGCAGCGGUUAAAAGAGAUUUCUGUGGUAUCAAAUUCCACUUCUACAUCAGCAUCUCCAAGCACCUUGUCAGGGAAAAGUGUGAAUACUACUACAGCUGUUGACCUCUUCGCAGCACCAGCACCUACAACUAGUAGCAUGCCUAACCUUUCCAGUGAUCUCUUUGAUCUUCAGCCUGCAUUUGUUCCAACUGUACAGAGUACUCCAGCUAUAGCAACAUCAGCAAGCAGUGCUUGGGGAGGUCCUUUCUCAUCUUCAAAUGGUUGUGUUGGUUCUCCACCCCAUCUGGACAUCUUUGACAUGAAGCCAGUUGAAGAAGCAGUAAAAUCUACUAUCCCUUUCGUCUCUUCCACCUUUACCUCCAAACAAACAGUGGAACAGUUUAGUGGAUUUCCUCUUCAUUCAGCUCCUCAGAGCACCUCCUCUUCCUUAAUUAAUGUGGAUUUUGAUGCUGUAUUUGGAGCAAAGUCAAUGGCACAUGAGUACAGAACCACAAGUGAGGAAGUAUUACAACCAACAGUACCAACUCAAUGUCAGAGAGCCAUUAUAAUCAAUCAACAGAGUGGGAAAAUUUUAGCAAAUGACCUUGAUUCAUCACUUGCUAACUUAGUAGGAAAUCUUGGCUUUGGAGGAACCCCAUCCAAAAAGUCAGACAUGCAGUGGAAUCAGCCUACUGAGAAGAAGCUUACUGGAGGAACAAACUGGCAGGCAAAAACAAGCACAUCAACUACCUGGAAUCCUGCUCCCGUUCCUCCUGCUUCACAUAUGAAUGGAGUACAUUAUCCUGGAUAUGUACCUGCUCCAAUGACCUACCCAGUGACUACACCUCAAGUGCCUGUGUAUGGAAUGGUACCUACUCAGAUUGGUGCUGCACCUUUAAUGGCACCCCAGCCAAUGAUUUUCACACAGCCAGGUCUGAGGCCAACGAAUCCCUUUGCACCUGUCCCUGGAACACAGAUACAGUUUAUGUAGAGUCGCCAAAGCAGCAAGAUGCAUAACGACCAAAUAUUGGUAAAAAGAAGAUUGAAAAUUCAGUGUUCUCACAGUGCAGUCUUCAACAGGGCAUCCACUUACUUUCUGUGUAAUAUAAAAUUACUUUGAAUCGCUGUGCUUUAGAAGAUUCUUGUUUAUAACUAUGGUAUGGAAUCAUGUUUGUGCAUUGGUUUAGACUAUGUAAGACUAGCUUCAGUAGAAAACCAAAAUUUUUGAAGCUAAAAGUCAGUUUGGAAAUGGAAAAAUCUGACUUACGGACCUAUCCCUUCUGAAAAGGGGCUUACUUAUAUAAUUGCUUUGCAACUUUAUUCAUCAGCAGAUGGCCUGUAGAAAGUUGGCUGAGGGUGUAAUAUUUCUAUUUAUUUUCUCCCUGAACUGUGUGGCUAUUGUAGUCAAGGCACAAAUCAAAUGAGAUUGAGCAAUAAAACUUUCAUGUGCUCUAAUAAAGUACUCUGAUAGAGUAAUGCUUGUAUUAUCAUAUAAAGCCAAUAUUGUGUGAAAUCAGACAGCUUUUUCAUAUUAGAAUAGCUUCUUAUAAUUCACAAAUUUUAUACUGUGAGUUUUAAAUGCUGUGAAUCAACUAACUAUAUAUAAAAACAAUUGAGGAAAGACUGAUCUGUUGGCAUUAUAACAGUGUGUUAUGCCACCUGAGAGAUUGGCAUAGGCUUGAGAUCUGUCUCCAAACAGAAGAUAUGAUGUUACAGGAUAGCAUGUGCAACUUCCAUACAGAUAGUAAUAGCUGCACUUCCUUAUGGUAUCUUUUUGUGCAGAUAGCAGCAUCAUUCUUAGCUCUAGCAGGAGUUGCCUUCACGUCACAGGAAAACAGCACAUCCAGCAGCAAAUUGAGGGAUUAGCAGGUCUUGUUGCUGGCCAUUAGAGGAGAAAUGUCCACAUUUGAAUAAUUCUGCAGUUCAAAAAGAUUUUUUUUCUUUCUUUUGACUGAGAAUUAUAUUUAUGGUGUUGUCCAAUCUUUGACUAACGUUUCCCACUUAACAAAUCCAGUCUUUACAAAUUACAAAAAAAAAUAUUUUUAAAUAUGUAAAUAUAUAUGUAAACUUCUAAGUAUGUUUCUUUAAUGCUGCAGUAUCUUUUUUAUUUUGUAGAAUUUUUCAAAAUAGAAAUACUGUACUGCUUAAGAAAUGUACAUACAUUUCUUUUAUAAUAGAAAUCUUGCAAACCAUUAUCUAACCUACGAAAAAAUAACUGCAGUUUAGCUACACAUAUGCAAAAGUUAUUUCAAAAAUUUAGGUUUUCACUUUCAUAUUUAUUAAUUAAAAUAUUAAAUAAAAAUACCAUAGAAUGUUGGCUAAAAAUUCAGCCUGAUCUUUCAUAUCUUCAAAUACCUGAAGAAUAAACAUGAUAGUAUGAAACAAGUUGGUAAUUUGACAUACAUACAACUGAACAUGUUUCCAGAACUUUAGUGGGAGAAUAGAAGAAAAGGGAAGUGUUAUUGUAUCAUUUAAAUCUCACUAUGGGAUAAUAUUAAACUGGCUCAUUAUGAAAAGGAAACAAGCAUCCUUGUCGUUUACGUCAGUAUAGUGGUGACUGUCUUGUCUUGGGGCUGUUAUGUUAGCAAUAAUAUCAUUAAGGUAGUAUACAGAUGCCAGUGUGUCAUUUAAUAAUAUUGCCAAAUUGUUCUAGAGCAAACAUUUGAAAUUCAGCACUUAAAUUCUAUAAUACCCUUUUCUCUAGGUAUCUUUUUUUGUUUAAUUUUGUGCCAAGAGUGUAAGGAAAAUAUACUUAUUUCAUAAAGGAAAUAUACCUUUUUGUCAAACAAAGUGAGAAUUUUUAAGUCCUUUUGACAUGUAUUUGAAAUUUGUAACCACUAAUUUUCUGUGAAAUUAAAUGUUGCGAAUGGAACGGAUGUAUUAAGCCGAAAUUCUGGACAUGUACUAGUAAAGAUAUAAACUGGACUACCAUACAGUGAUUAAAUAUUGAAAUUUGAAUGUAAAGGCUUUUGGCUUUAAUCCCCUCUUCCUGGGUUGACCAAAAAUGUUGUAAAUUAUUUUUAAGCCAGUGAAUUCUCCAGUGCCCAGGGUGGCUCUCCACAUACCGGGGAAACGUGCCCGGAACUUGGAAUGAGUUUUAUAAUAUAUGAGGGAUGAAUUCCACAGAGUUCACUCAGCAUUUAAAGAUCUUGCUUCCAAGAAAUUCUUCUGUCUUAACUCCAGUUUAGAUCAGUACAUAGACAAAUGUGGGUUUUUUAAAGUAAUUAGAGUAAUGUCAGUGCUCAUAGGUUGUGAAUAGGUAAUAUCUGGCACUGUAAAGUAAAUAUCAAUGCUUUUUUCCUGUAGCAGAUUAUUUUAUAGUCCUAUUGUUCAAUUCCAUUUUAAAUUAUAUCCUUUCUUAUGAUUCAUUUUAAAUUAUCCAAAUGAAUGGGCAGACGGCAUACAUUCAGUUGAACUUUAUAAAAACAAGGAGUCUUGGGGCACCUUAAAGUCUAACAGUUUUAUUUGGACUUAAGCUUUUGUGGGUAAAAGCCCACCCAACCCACAAAAGCUUAUGCCAAAAUAAAUGUUAGUUUUUAAGAUGCCCCAGGGUUCCUCGUUGUUUUUUCAGAUACAGACUAACACAACUAUCCAAGACUUUGAAGAGCUACGUUCUGAUUAGCUAGUAGGAACUUGUUCUGUACUUUGUGCAGUCAGAAAUAGGCUCAAAUACUUUUAAAAUUUGAUUGGCUAGAGAAAUUUUCAGUGACUUGGUUAGACAGUUUUCCUGUAUUCAGUCUGUUUGGUAUCAGUUUUAUUUAGUGUUUAAAAAUUGAAAACAGCGACAGUGUAAAUCUUAAACUUUUUAUAAACUACCUUCCCUUUAGUUUUAUAGAGCAUUUGUUGAUGCAUUAAUGGGGUUCAUAAAAUCUUGAUAUGGUUUUAUCUUUGAAGAAAUGGCAGUUUUAACAUAUUUCUGACUUCAUAGAAAUGUACAGAACAGCUUUUAGCAACUCCCUUGUGCAUGUAUUUGAAUAUAUAAAAUGCUGGAGUAUCAUUUUUAGCCCACAAUGUAUGGUUUCACAAAUUAAGAAUAAUGUAACUGCAAGGAAAGACACUGUCAAGAUUCUUAAGGUUCAAUAUUUGACCUGGAUGAUCUGAGACUUUGUUGUAUAGUAAAUUAUCCCCAUUACUGGGGAUGAUAGGACUUGGGGAUGUGGGAGGGGAGGGAAGAGUCUGCAACCACUGCAAAUAGUAACUGGUAGAAGAGCAAGAAAACAUUAUCCUUUCACCCCUUACUAACCCUGUGUUUAUACACCACGAUAAUUAAGUUUUUUGUUCUGAGUGCUCUUCAGCUCUUUCCUUUCUCUCAAUCAGUGAAAUCUAAGGAAGGCCGUGCACUUUCUCAUGUGUUCCAGUGGCCUUACAGCUGAGAUUUUAACACAACUGCAGUCCUUUUUGGUGAGGCAAGUUAAUAUCUCUUUCUGAUGGGGCACUCUACCAUCAAAUCUAUUGCAGGAGGUGGGAUGGAACAUGGUGGUAUUGAGUGUGUUGGACUUGGAAAGUGGCCAUUUUAAAUAGCUGUCCCUUUUUAACGUCCUUGUGUGUUUUAAUUUGCCUACAGGAAGUUCUCUACUUUAAAUUUAGAUUUCCAGCUAAAAUUAUGUAAUAGAGAAAUUUUAGUUCUGUGCACAUAGUGGUGGAAAAAAGUAGGGUAAAAAUUGUUAGCAUACUUUUGUAAAAUGUUUAAUAAUCUCUUGCUACAAGAUUGAUUACAGGACGU